AUGAGUGCUCAGUUUGAAGAAGACAUCCACGAGCGAAGCGAGAGGAAGAACAGCAAGUCCCCCACGCUGCUCUCCUCGUACUGCAUAGACAGUAUCCUGGGGCGCCGCAGCCCCUGUAAGGUCAGGCUUAUAGGGGCACAAAGUUUGUCUUUGCCCGGGAGAGGAGAGCUGGACAAGAGCGCUGACGGAGCAAUGAAAGACCCGCUGUGUUUGGCCGCAGACAUGCACCUGCCGCCCAAACUGCGGCGGCUCUACGGUCCUGGGGGGAAGUACCUUCAUGAGCACACAGACAAGCUUGAGAGGGAGAGGUUUCUCCUGGAACAAGCCAACGACCUUAAGAUCAGCCAUGCGCCACAGGUGAGCAUUAGCCGCAGUAAGUCGUACCGGGAGAACGCAUCUCUGACUCGCGGGGAGGGAGAGCAGAGCCCCGGGGAGGGCUCCGAGGACGGCAGCCUGGGGCUGGUGGAGCUCGGCCCACUUAAGUACGAGGAAGACACCGGGAAGGAGGAGGAGAGCUGCGGGGACGCGUCUGUCUUGUCGCCGAAAGAUGAAGAGAGAGAAAGUUUGACCGCGGGAGACGCAGACGUGAGGGACGGAGAGGACAGCGUGUGUCUGUCCGCGGGCAGUGACUCAGAAGAGGGGAUGCUCAAGCGGAAGCAGAGAAGAUACAGGACCACGUUCACAAGCUAUCAGCUGGAGGAGCUGGAGAGGGCUUUCCAGAAGACGCACUACCCGGACGUUUUCACACGAGAAGAGCUGGCAAUGCGCUUGGAUCUCACCGAGGCCCGCGUCCAAGUUUGGUUUCAGAACCGCAGGGCAAAGUGGAGGAAGCGUGAGAAGGCAGGUGUGCAGGCUCACCCCUCAGGUCUCCCUUUCCCCGGGCCCCUGGCGCCGGGUCACCCCUUGAGCCACUACCUGGAGGGCGGCCCCUUCCCUCCACACCCUCACCCCGCCCUGGAGUCCGCCUGGACGGCUGCUGCUGCUGCCGCCGCGGCCUUCCCCGGUCUGGCCCAUCCGCCUCACAACGGCACGGCUCCCCUCGCCACGCCUCUGGGCCUGGGCACGUUCUUAGGCACCGCCGCCAUGUUCCGCCAUCCGGCCUUCAUCGGACCUACUUUUGGAAGGCUCUUCUCCAGCAUGGGCCCCCUGACCAGUGCUUCCACCGCCGCCGCGCUCCUCCGUCAGCCCGCCCCGCCCGUCGACAGCCCCCCCCACAGCGGUCCAGUGCUACCGGACCCCUCCUCUUCGCCCUCCUCCUCCUCUUCCUCCGCCGCUGCCGACCGCCGGGCCUCCAGUAUCGCUGCUCUCCGGCUCAAGGCGAAGGAACACUCGGCACAGCUCACCCAGCUCAACAUCCUGCCCCCCGGUGCUGCUGGGAAGGAGGUGUGCUGA